AUGGAACCUCAAAUUGUGAGAAUCGGAAUCAAGCCUCUGCCGCUCACCUCGGCUUUGGUGAAGAGUGAUCGGUUGCUGGUACAAACUUUAACUAAGAACGGCUAUAGCUGCGUGCUUCUAGCCAUCACAAAUCCAAGAUACCGAGAAAAUUGUAAAAGCUACUUCCAAUCUUUCAAAGACAGCAUCAAAGAAGGUGGUUUCGGGGCGGUUCCGGGGGGACUCAAAGUCCCAUUCCCCAGAUCAAACGAAGUCAAUAUUUUUACAGGGCCUCAUACCGGGACUACAAUCGGCAUGUUGUCUCCUUGGAUUGAGCUUGGCGCCAAUGAUCCGUUAAUCAACGAGUUUUCUCUUCAGGUGCUCUCCAACGAAAUAGCAUAUGCUCAAUUUUUGGGUGUUCGCAAAUUGCUACUGGCUCCACCCAAAGAUUUGAAUCAUCUUGCUGUGUUCACCAACAGCUUAAAUUCCAUUUUGCAUAAAUUUUCUGAUAUUGAGAUUUCUAUCUCUUUGCCUAUAUGUGAAGAUCCCCAGACAAACCCCGCCACAGGCGAGCUUAUCCCUAUCAUUGAUCCGCUUUCGACGUGGGAUAUGUGGAAUACCAUACGCAUCCACUGCAAUUAUCAUAGAAACUUAACGGUCAGUCUAGCAUCGCCCAAACAAAAUAUUCCCGAACAUGUUGUUAAUAGGUGGCUGUUGGAGCCAAUUCGAUUUUACCUUAUCUCGAGCUCCCGCUUUAUUCCAAAUUCAAAAGGUUACCCCGUGCUUAAUAAAUACAACCAGCUCAUCAUCUGGAAGAUUAUUCAGAAAAAAGUAUUAGAUCCUCCCAUUUUACUCCUGCAUGGAGUUGACAAGGAAAGUGAUCUUAUCGCUAAUCUUAGAAACUCAAGUCUCGAAGACAAAUCGAGCCAGGCCUAUCUCAGCGUUGACGGUAACAAAGUGUAUCUUGGAGAUCUAUCAUUUUUGGAAUACCUGAAAUAUCUCAUUAAAUCAAGCCCGAGCCAUAACCAACUUUUGCCGAUCGAGGAGUUUACUUUGAAAAAUCUGGCAAUGGCAAACCUCGAUCGUUCCGAAUUGAGGUCGAUAAAAUCUUUACAGACACCCUUACAGCCGUUGUCCGAGAACCUCAACAAUGCCACUUAUAAAGUGUUUGAGCAAGACCAGGCGAAAUAUGAGUGCUACGAGCGAGCAAUGAUUUCAUCACUGAUGGACCUUAUAAAUUUGCCAAGAUUCCAGCAUGUAAGGAAUCUACCAAAUUUUGGAGCAACUGCAUUUAACACUUCAUCUUUAACUGUGACUGAAAAGGGCCCCGAAGCGAAUGUUCAGCAAUUCUUUGAAUAUCUCAAAAUAUUGGUGAUCGGCCCUGGAAGAGGCCCUCUUAUUGAGCGACUUUUUGCUGCCAUUAAAUUUCUCAAUUUGGAUCUAGAUAAGGUGCACAUUACAGCUAUCGAGAAAAGUCCAACAGUCAUGGUGUACUUGUCUCAGCGAAACCAGGAUUUCUGGAAUGGAAAAGUGGACGUCGUGAAUGCGGAUGUGAGGUCAUGGAAGCCUCAGGUUCCAACACAGUCUGGAUUCCAUUUGGUUAUUAGUGAGCUACUUGGUAGCUUUGGUUGCAACGAGCUGUCCCCAGAAUGUUUGUAUUCGGUGGAACAGUACUGCGAUCCUGACAAUAGCAUUUUCAUCCCCAAGGAGUACACGUCUUUUGUCGCUCCUGCGAUCUCCCCAUCUAUUUACACCAAGCUACUUGAAAGCAACGACCUGUCGAAAUUUCAUGCUUGCUACGUUCCGCUAUGCGACGAAUACGAUACUUUGUCGUCUAAAUACUCCAAGCUCUGGACAUUCCAGCAUCCUCUUAGAAAUGGCAACAUGAAACGUCAAGCACAUACGACAUUGCACUGCCAUCGCAAAGGUACGAUUCAUGGUCUUCUCGGUUUUUUCCAGGCAGAGCUGUACAAUGGUAUCAUUAUCUCCAACUGUCCAACCGGAUCCGGCCCCAGCCCCCACAACCUAGUAUCCUGGCUACCAUUUUUCAUGCCUCUAGAGCAGCCGAUGCAAUUGACUGACGAUCAGGAGCUCGCUAUAUUUGUGAAGCGGGACACUGCGCCAGACCGGGUUUGGUAUGAGUGGUCUCUGGAAUCUUACAUUUAUUUGGCUCUGCCUUCGGAAACCACUAUAUCCAGGAGCUCCAAUAACUCAUCAUCGGUUAUAGACCAGCCUGGUAGACUUAGCAUGUUCAGUAGUACUGAACAAAACGGUACGAGUCGUUCAUCCUUGGAAACGGAAGAAUAUCAGGUACGUGUGCGCACCGGAACAACUCGAAUCCACAACACAAAUGGCAUGUUUCACUCCAUGAAACUCUGA